AUGCCUUUCACCGCCAGCGACAUCUGCAAGAUCCUCCUUGCCAUCAUCCUGCCUCCUCUAGGUGUCUUCCUCGAGCGCGGAUGCAACGCUGAUUUCCUCAUCAACAUCCUGUUGACCGUCCUCGGUUACAUUCCGGGUAUCAUCCACGCCCUGUACAUUAUAUUCAAGUUUUAG